GAGUGUGCAAGGCCGCGGUGGCCGCGUGACAAGCCUGCGCUACCAGUGCGCCCGCCGGCCAGGAGAACGGAGCUUGUGAUAGAUCCUUUCGUAACACUAAGUAUUGUACCAGGACCUGCGGCUCCGCCCCAGAGGCCGCCAUCUUCCUCACCACCCGAAAGGCCGGACCUACUCCCCGGUGCAUCUUGGGAUCAGGGCGGGGCCCUGAGCGCCGCCAUGCUUUUGUACGGCAGGAUCGCAAAGCACGCCGGGACCGGUUGGUUUGGUUUUGAAGGCGUGGAUGGCGGGAAUUCUCGCUUCUGGCCUGGGUGAGCUAGAAGGGAGAAGCAAGGACAUUGGAGUCCCUAUCACCGGUUGCCUAGACAACUUCAUAGGAAGGCCCUUGGGAAUCUGAGAUGGAGCAGGCGAACCCUUUACGUCCAGAUGGCGAGUCCAAAGGAGGUGUUUUAGCUCACUUGGAAAGGCUAGAGACCCAAGUGAGCAGAUCCCGUAAACAGUCUGAAGAGCUGCAGAGCAUGCAGGCCCAGGAAGGUGCUCUUGGAACCAAGAUUCAUAAACUAAGGCGUCUGCGAGAUGAGCUGAGGGCUGCGGUGUGGCACCGGCGAGCCAGCGUGAAAGCAUGUAUUGCCAAUGUAGAACCCAACCAAACAGUGGAGAUCAAUGAGCAAGAAGCAUUGGAAGAGAAAUUGGAAAAUGUGAAAGCCAUUCUGCAGGCGUAUCAUUUUACAGGCCUCAGUGGUAAACUGACCAGCCAAGGAGUUUGUGUCUGCAUCAGUACUGCUUUUGAGGGGAACCUAUUGGAUUCCUAUUUUGUGGACCUUGUCAUACAGAAACCACUCCGGAUACAUCACCAUUCAGUCCCAGUCUUCAUUCCUCUGGAAGAGAUAGCUGCAAAAUAUUUACAGACCAACAUCCAGCACUUCCUGUUCAGUCUCUGCGAGUACCUGAAUGCUUACUCUGGGAGGAAGUACCAGGCAGACCGGCUUCAGAGUGACUUUGCAGCCCUCCUGACUGGGCCCUUGCAGAGAAACCCACUGUGUAACUUGCUGUCAUUUACUUACAAACUGGAUCCAGGGGGUCAGUCCUUCCCGUUCUGUGCUAGAUUGCUGUAUAAGGACCUCACAGCAACUCUUCCCACUGAUGUCACCGUGACAUGUCAAGGAGUGGAAGCAUCAUCCACUUCAUGGGAGGAGCAACGAGCAUCUCAUGAAACUCUGUUCUGUACGAAGCCCUUGCAUCAAGUGUUUGCCUCAUUUGCAAGAAAAGGAGAAAAGUUGGAUAUGAGUCUGGUCUCCUAGUAGAUUAUUUUCACUGCACUAGGAGCACAUCAGAGAAAUAAAUCCCCCCUCCCCUGCCAGGUGAAAGGAAAUAUUGCACUUUCUGUUCUCAUGACUAAGGGGACAGGAGUUCCAGAAGAACCUUUCAAGAUGAUCAGGAACACCAGGACGAGGGCCGUCUCACCUCACUCGGACCACAUGGAGACCUCCCUUCAAAAUGGGAGCCAUGUCCUGCCCCACCAAGCCCUGUCUGAAGCGGAGCUUCCCCGCCCGUGCUCCCUCCACAGUCCCGGAAAGCCCAGCGGCAAAGGCAGCUUUGUCCCAGCUCUGCCACCCUCCUGCUCACAGUGGUCAGGGCCCCUCGGGCAAGGACAGCAGGGAUUGGAACGAGGGCUCUGGAAGGACUGUUCAGCCCUAGCCUAAGACCCCUAUGCUGGGGACACUACAGGCACACAGAGGAAUAGCAGGGCCACCCUCAGAGCUCACACAUCCACGAACAAAUGAAGGCUGAGGAGAUUUCUAAACCUAAAGUCCAUGAGUGUGCACUUCAAUCCAGGAAGGUCGGGACUUCCUUCAGUUUCAAAAAAUAAAUUCUCCCUUCCGGUUUGGACUGUUGCAGGCUCGAGGCCAUUCAGGAGUUGUCCACCACCUGGUGGGGCAGUGUGACAGAGGGGCCAUUGGGGAAGGUGGCUAGCUUAUCCCGCCCCUUCAAGAAGAAGGUCAGCAGCUCCCCCUUCCCCUUCACAAAGAUGGGGCCUCGCCUCACAAAGCGGAAGCCGUACUCUCGGAGGAUGACUUGGGUUUCUUCUACCACCUGUAGAGGGAGGGGGAGCAAGAACGUGGCGUUACAGGGGGAGCCUAGACUGAGGGCGGGUGGGGGCUUUGGGUGGUUGGAGCCGAGCACUGAUCCACGGGUCCCAAGCACUACAGGACACUCCCCAAACCUCCCAGGGCCAAGCCCUUCCACCUGUGGUGAGCAGCGGGUGGGAAGGAGAACCCUGGAGUGACUGGCUGGGGGCCUCCUCUCAUCCAGAGACUUCUCUCCUAGGAUGGCCAUGGUCACCUGGGUGGCAGCACUAUUACCUGGAAACUGCCACUGCCUGCUCUUCUGUCCCUUUGCCCCUUUCGUGGAGCUUUUCUGCCAGACCCCACUGAGACAGAUCACAAGGUAUCAGAAGGUUUGUACCCAGAGGCAGGCCAUAUGCAUCCAGAACUUCAGCCCAGAUUUUGUGGAUGGGUGGAAGUGUUUCUUCCUGUGCUGAGGCUAGCUAUUGCAGAGAUUCCUUUCCACUCGCCCCACAUCUCUGCCUGUGGACUUACUGUUCUGGGCCAGGGUGGGAGGCAGGGGCACGUGGGAAAGCACUGUUCUGGUUUUGUUCCCAUGCCCUGAGUCUGAGCACGUGCCAGCUCUGCCACUGGACAUACCUGAAUGUUGCCCAUGACCCCCGUGGACUCCAUCCUGCUGGCUACAUUGACUGUAUUGCCCCAGAUGUCGUAGUGUGGUUUCCGGGCUCCGAUGACCCCAGCCAGAACCCCGCCUUUGUUCAUGCCUAGGGUAGAGGCAUAAAGUUCAGCACAGCCACAGGCCACACCUUGUUAUGGGCCUCAGAAGCCAUCUCCUCUCCAGACCUGUACCACAAAGCUCCUAAUGUAACACAUCAUUGUCCUCAUUCAGCUUGGCUGUAUGCUAUUGGAGGGUGGAAAUCACGUUUCCUGUUUAUCCGUGUGCUCGUCAGGUGUCAGCCGCCACCCCCCCAUAUACAGAUUUACUCGGCAUGGUAGUGGCCAGCUUCUAACACAGCUGGUAUUUCAAGUCUCCUGGGACCUCACUCAGGAACGGUACCCCCUCAGUAGAAGCAGCAGGUGAUCUUAACUGCUUUCAAAGAGCAGGCCUGUCUGGGAAGCCAUGCCCUCAGCAGGCACAGCAACCCCUCUGGAAAUGGAUCACAAACUCACUUCUCAGCCAGGCAGGCCAGGCUUCUAUUGUAACAGUAGGCACAGUACAGUCUGAUCAUCACAUCAGCUGGGUUCAGCUGGGUUUUUGGUUUAGUCAUCUAGAGUCAUCUGGACUAAAGGUCUUUCAGGUCCCCUUGCCCUGUGAGUGCGUGAACCUCCCCACCCAAAUUGCCUCAGUUGUCCUGAGCCUCAUGUCUCUCCUGCUGGUGGGCCAGGCCCCUGCAUGGGAAGGGAGCCUGCUGUGGGGCAGGCCAGCUGGGGGCGCUCACCUAUGCGCAGCAUGAAGUUAUUGAAGGACUGGUUGUUGAUGUUGGUGAGCGUAUCCUUCAUGGCCAGCGCGAAGUCGGCCAGGUCAGCCAGGUGCUGCCAGCGCUCUCUCUCGGACUUGUCUUCCUGUGCCAGGGGACCGUGGAGAAAGUGUCAGGGGCUGCUCACCGCAGCAGCCUGCUCUGCUGCCUUCCCUGGCAGUGUUCUGGGGGUGGAUUCCCUACACCUAGAUGUUCAAGGCCUUACUCUUCCUCCCACAAAGGAGUCGCAGCCACGCUAGCUCUGACUUGCCACUGGACCAAGUUCACGUAGCAGGUCUAGGCAAAGACUGGGCAAUGGAGUAGAGGAGAUGGACCUGUGAGUCUGACCGCGAGGCGGGCCCCUUCACCUUGGCUGGGCCUGGGCCUGGUCCUGGUCCUUAGGUUUUGUCAGGUUGUCCUUGUUUGGAUCCCUCAACUAGGUGAUAAGCACUGGAGGGGGAUGACCCGCCUUGGACGUGUUUCUUUAACCUCAUCCAUAUAAUAGGGCUGUGGGACGGUUGUAGAGGUAAAGCAGGAUGAUGGUGUUUUAAGACCAGAGCUUGGGACCAGGGCUCCUACACCUCAUUUUCUCUCCUGGUAGCUGAACAAAGGUCUAAAUUAGCUUAACAAAAGAACAGGCUGCCGUCAGCCAGAGUUCUGAAGGCCACGCUUUAAGUUUCCCUUGUUAACAAUUGCUCUCCAGUUCCUAUGAGAGCACAGAGCCUUAGGGGGCCUGGCCACAGAACACAACCAUCUUAGGCCUGAGCUGUGAACAGCAGGGGGUUGUGUGUCGGUUCUAUUUCUCUGCUUGCCGAACUUUCUCAAUAAACCCUAUUUCUUAUUUAUA